AGAAAAACAAAAAAUGAAGUUUCAAGUUUCAAUGUCGUUUUAAAUUUAAUGGAAUAUUAUUAUUUACAACUACAAUAUUAAGUCAGAAUGUCUAUCUUCUUUAAUAACGUUGGGAUCUGAACUAAUUUUAUCAAAGAUUUUCUUGGCUAAUAUUUUAUUCGUAGCAAAUGUAAUGUAAUGUAAUAUUAUACUCAUGGUGUUCAAAUUGUAAAUUUUUUUAUGAACUAGUUUCGUUUAUGUUGUGUGGACAAAUAAUGGAUCCAAGAAUGUGUAGAAAAUUAAGUAGCAGUGAAAGUCUUCCAGAUGCUGAAAACGUGGAAUUUGAAGUGACAAAUAUUAUUGCACCGCAAGAGAGUGAAGAAAAUUUACUAUUCGAUGGCAGUCCAGAGCCACAGUCUGUGACUUGGCUGGACGACGAUCAAAUUGAUGAUUUUGAUCUUAAUUUAGACCGAACUAACCUAUUUUUUCAUAGAGUUGAUAGUGCAGAUAUAAUUUAUAGGAAUAAAAAGAAAAAAUGUAAAAUGGUUGGGAAAUAUGUCAUGGGUGAUGCAUUAGGAGAAGGAUCGUAUGGGAAAGUUAAAGAAAUGUUAGAUUCAGAGACACUAUGUAGACGUGCUGUUAAAAUAUUAAAAAAGAGAAAAUUAAGAAGAAUACCUAAUGGAGAACAGAAUGUAGAAAGAGAAAUUCAACUUCUAAGAAUACUUAGACAUAAAAAUGUGAUAGAACUAGUGGAUGUAAUGUUUAAUGAUGAGAAGCAAAAAAUGUACUUAGUUAUGGAGUUCUGUGUAGGGGUUCUUCAAGAUAUGCUAGAAUCAAGUCCAGGAAAGAAGUUUCCACAGUGUCAAGCUCAUGAUUAUUUUACUCAGUUGCUGGAUGGCUUAGAGUACUUACAUGGACAGGGUGUUGUCCACAAGGAUAUCAAACCUGGCAACCUACUACUUACGUUAGACCAAACAUUAAAAAUAACCGAUUUUGGAGUCGCAGAGGCCUUAGACAUGUUUUCACCGGAGGACACAUGCUAUACUGGACAAGGGUCUCCAGCGUUUCAACCUCCGGAAAUUGCAAAUGGGGCAGAGAGAUUUUCUGGUGUUAAAGUUGAUAUAUGGAGCAGUGGAGUUACAUUAUACAACAUGACAACAGGCAAGUAUCCGUUUGAGGGUGACAAUGUGUACCGGCUGCUGGAGGCGAUCGGGCGCGGUGAGCCCGAGCCUCCGCCCCCCUCGCUCGGAGUUCCCCUGCACACCUUGCUGGUGUUCAUGCUGAAGAGGGACCCGGAGCUGAGGCCCACCGUCCAACAAUUGAAGCGAUACGAUUGGGUCCGGUCGCUGCCGCCGCUGCUGCCGGGAGAAGUGGUGGUGAGACCUCGCUCGAGACGUUCAGACGAGCUCCACACUUCCACCGUGGUACCCUACCUCAUGCAGAGGCAUUACGCCUCCGCACAGGACUAUUUCACCGAAAGAGAUUUGAGGCAUGAAUCCUAUGAUAAUAACAUGGUAAAAGGUAGUUGCGUGAGCGCUCGUGUAUGCUCUAUAAGUUAGAGCUAGGCGAAUCGUGUUCAAGGACGUUAUCGACAGCCGAGUUGUCUGACGAAGAAUCAAGUCCGUGUAAAAAUCGGUGGCACUCAUCCUGCGGUCGGCUGCCUUCAUGCAGGCUCACGUGAUCAAUAUUAUAUUUAUAUACAGAUAGCUCGCGAGUUGAAUGCAGUCGGGGCCUGUGGUAAAGAGCGGCAGCAUCUCCCCCCUCUUGCCGCUCGCCUCGUGCCCCUAGUGUAGUGCUGUGCCGUAUUCAUUGCUUAUCGUGUUAUCGAGUUAAUACUAAAGUUGCUAUGUUAUUUUUCUAAGUUAUACUUCUUUAGGAGCGUUAUGAAAAAAUGGUGAGAGUGAAAUUUUAAGAUGCGCGCGCAUCACUGUAACACAAAAGUAACUGGGUGAUGUAGUUUCAUAAAAUAUUCUGACGUUUGCGACAUUCGUUAUUUUUUUUUUGGUUUAUUUCGUCCAUCAUUAGGGUAGGCAAAGGGUUCAAGCCCGUACAGCCGUAUUCGUUAUUUAAUAAUUAAUUGUCAAAGCAAUCGUUGCAAGAUUUUUACAAUAUUGUUAUUUUUACAAACGUAGAAUCACGAGGAAAAAUAAUUUGAAGGAGUUUUGCUUUGUUAGGCCAAAGAAGUAUAACUUCUUGCGUGCACCACACACUUUUUUUUAAAUUUAAUAAUGGUUGAUCAUCAAUCAACGGGAGUUUAUCAGUUUUUAUUCAUCGCCAAGCACGAGAAAUGACCAAAAAUGUUUUAGACAUGUGUGUUGAAGAAAGGCAGAACAAAAAUUUGAGAUUUAAUAUUUUAUCUACACCCAUGCUUUAAAUCCUCUAUUAAAGAUGCUGAAACAGUUAGCUUAUUCCCAACAUUAAAACACCCAAUGUUCUAAUAACCAUUACAUCAUCCAAAAGAGUGUUGUAAUGUUGUACUGAAUUUCAUAACAACACUCCUAUGUUUUUUUUUAUCCCUUCAUGCGCAAAGAGUUUCAACAUACAGCCACAUUGUUAUUGCUCGAUGCGUGGUAUCUGUAUGAAUUUCAAAAAAAGAACACUUUCGUUUACGCGCGCUCUACACUCCCAGAACGUCGCACGCCGUAAAAAAUAGUAGGUUAUUCGAAUCCCGCCAUUUUUCUUCGAUAAUUUUAUUGUUUUGUUUACAAAAAAUGAGCGAUUCAUUUUAAACGCUGCAAAAGAACAUUAUAUUCGAGUGAAUUUUAAUUAUUGCACUAUACAAAAUGUAAAUUACUACUAAGAUAAAUAGUUGUUUCAUUAAUACUUAGUUUAUUUGUAUAUAAUCAGUAAUGAAUGAUAUUAGGUAAGUAAGCUAACUGUUCCAAAAUCUUUUAGAGGAUUCAUAUUCUGGGUGUAGAUAAAGUCUUGUAUGCAACUGUUGAUAAUUAGGUAUUAAAACACUCAUGUGAUACUAUUCGGCUUCGCCUCGUGUGAUAAAUCCACAUUCGUGUUUUAAUACCCCUUAUUACACAACAGUUGCAUAAAUAACUAUUAAUAAACUUGCGGCGUUGUUUAAAUUUAUCGACACACCCACUAUUAUGGUCAUCAAUUAUAAUUAGGUCACGGCACUAUCGCAUUCCUGAGCUCUGCAUUCAACUCGCGCGAAAUCUGUUCAUAGUUUAUAUAUAAAUCCAUUACAGGUGCGAUGUCCCAAUGAUAAUAACUGUUUUGCAUAUAUAAAAUUUUAUCUUGUCACCCCUAAUAUGUCCUUAAAUUAAUUAAAAUCGUAAAAUAUGAUUCACCCAGUAUUUACAUCAUUGGCGCUUAUUCGCGUUGUUUUUCGAUCAUGAUUUGUUGCAAUCAAGAUGUAAUAAUACCCUUAAUAUUACAUUUUAAAGUUUUAUUGCCUGCUUCCUAUCAUGUCAGAGAAUAUACAAUAUGCUUAGAAUUGUGAGUAAACCAGUGGGAGGCUCCUUUGCACAGGAUGCCGGCUAGAUUAUGGGCACCACAACCACCCCUAUUUCUGCCGUGAAGCAGUAAUGUGUAAACUUUACUGUUUCGGUCUGAAGUGCGCCGCAGCUAGUGAAAUUACUGAGUAAAUGAGACUUAACAUUUUAUGUCUCAAGGUGACGAGGGCAUUUAUAGUGCCACUCAGAAUUUUUGGGCUUUUCGAGAAUCCUGAGUGGCACUGCAUUGUAAUAGGCAGGGCGUGUAUCAAUUACCAUCAGCUGUAUAAUAACGUCCUGCUCGUCUCGUCCCGUAUUUUCAUUAAAAAAAUUAUAAUUUUAUUAAUUUAACUAACAAACUUAUUGCCUGUAUGUUAUUCA